UGUUAUCUUUAUGGUGCGAAUGUGCCAAACGUGAAAUGGCGAGAACUGUUGCGGAGAAAAGAAUCAAAGACCACGAUUUAGAAGAAAUUGACUGUAGUCAUUCAAAAGAUAUAUUUGUGAGAGAAGGUCAAAGGAUUCGAAUUGAUGUCAAUGGAUCAGUCCAGUUCGUUCGUGAAAUUCCCAAGUCAUUUUAUUUAUUGACUUUCAUUCCUGUAGCAGAAGACAACCAUAUCUAUUUUCCUCUCCAAAAGAAUGUCCGAAUGGGUUCUGUUCCUUACGCUGUUAUCAACUUCUCCGCAGACAACCAAAAGAAGCAGCUUCUUCACAGCGUUCACUUCGAUCCUUGGGUGAAAAGUGCAUCAGCCCUGAAGAAGUAUUACACUGACAUUGCCAUUUAUAAUCGACCAAACACAUCAAGGACAGCCCACACUGAUCCUGGACCAUCCAAAACGCCGAGAAGUCCAAGGAAAGUUCGCUUACAGGUCAACAAUGGGUUAAACACGGCUGCGCAGUGCGUACGAGAUUGGUUUGACAAUGAAAAGAAUUUGCUUGCGAUUGCCAAUCAGAUUCCUGUGAAUAAGUUGGUUCCAUUUGGAAUCCAUCUCUGCAUUAGAUCGGAGGAUAUCAACAGAUUAAAGAAAGAGUACAAAGAAAAUGACGAGGAACUUCAGUUUUUCUUUAUUAAGUUUUGGGCGAGGCGAGUGAAAUCUUACCUGAAACCAGAGGCGAGGCUGGAACAGCUUACAAAGGCCAUGAGUAGUAUUGGUCUGCAGAAACAGGCCGAGAUCGUCAAGAAGGUUUUCAAAAAUAAAGAAGAUUUGGAUUGUGAUCAUUUUAAUGACCACAAAGGAAGCGACAAGUAAUACAGGUUU